AUGACGGCUCUAACUGGUUUCUUCUCACAACAGCUUUUGCUAUUCAAAGACUGUGCGCAGCGCACUGAUACGGCAAUCGUACGUCUGGCAAGGACAAACAACUACACUGCCGCAGGGGGGGUUCUAGGGCCGGGAACCGGAGGAAAUUGGAUGUUGUGGGCAGGAUAUGCACCAAUGGUGGCUGCUACGACUGUUGGUCUUAUCCAGCCCGUAGAAGACUUUACCAACGUCUUCGCCCGUGGAUGCGACAGCGGUAACUGCACAUUUCCGUCCAGUGACAGAGCAUCGUUCUCAACGGUAGCGAUAAGCCACGUAUGCAAAGAUAUCAGCGGGCUCAUUCGGCAGCACACUAACUACUCACAUACAAUCACGGUGCUGAAAACACCUGAGGGAGCACCAACCCGUCUUAACUACUCGGACCAUCGUAAUUACGCGGACUUCUCCGUCCUGACAACAUCAAAUAUCGUGGCCACGACCUUUUCCCGUUGCACACCAUCACCCUACUAUUCAGAGAACGUUUUGCCUCAAACGACUCCAGGGCUUUGCGAAUACACGCCUGGAGGAGACGUUGUUGGAAAGUAUUUCGCUUGA